AUGCGAUUCUUCAAGGCCUUUACCACGGCACUAGCUGUGUCUAUGCCAGUGGCUGCUGUGGCUAAGCCAUCUGCUGAGGCCAGCUUUGAUAGCCUCCUGACACGGGAUGAGUUUGCGCAAUUUGCCAAACUUGCCCUCGCACCACGACAGGACAUUCCAGACCUUGGAGAUGCCCUGAAAAACCUGCUAGACCUAUUGAAGGAACUCCAGUCAUUCCUCAAUCCGGCGUUCUUCGGUGAUGUUCGCACAGUGGUUACGGGCCUGGCAGACCUGCUCGAGGCGCCUUUUGCCAACACCACUCGCGGCAUAGUCUUCACCGCAGCUGAUGCCCUCGGAAAGGUCGACCUUGUCGGCCUUCUCGACCAAAUCUCUCCGCUUCUCGACUCACUAGGAAAACUUGACAUUGGAGGUCUCAUAGACAAGCUUUCUCCUCUCCUUGAUUCACUAGGAAAGAUUGACAUUGCCGGCCUAGUCGAUGCUGCGACUGGUCUACUCACGCCUGAUAACAUCAAGAUCAUCGGAAAUCUCCUGGGCGGUGCCAACAGCCUCUUAACCAAAGACUUCAUUGACCAAACUAAGCAGCUGAUAGCAGAUGCUCAACCGCUCGUCUCGGCGGUGUCGCAAUUCAUCACUGCUCUCAUUACUGCCCUCCUUGGCGGCUAG